UAAGCAAAAAUGUAAAACAAAUGUUAUGAUUACUUGCUUUUCUUUGUAGAACAUGAUGAGAAACUGUCAGUCAAACAAAACAAACAUUUGAAGAUGUAACCUUAAACUGUGGGGAAAUUUAAUCGAUAGGCCUAAUUGUCUACAAAAAUAGAUGAAUAGAGACAAUAAUCAACAUGUGACAUGUGACGAGGGGUCCCAGGAAGACUUAUUUUAUUUUAAGGGGUCACAGGCCAAAAAUGUUGGGAACCCCUGCACUCAAAACAACAUAUGCAGUGUUUGGGUGAAUAAUUUGGAUAUCUGAUGCCAGCAGUAGCGUCGAUCUCGCGCUGCUCGGGUGGGGUAGUUAGCUGGAUCUCGUUCAGGCGGUGUACCGACCAGACAACUGCAGUGUGCUGGUUUUAUGUUAUACUCGUUCCGGGGCGCCGCUGUCAGACUGUGCCUCAGUACGCUUUCUGUGGGUGAGACACACUGAGCGAUGCGCCGACCAGACAGCACCAUCUCCCACAUCUACCGAAAGGAGGUGAAUUGAUCAGCACAUGAAAUUCUCCAGGUCAUCGCCUGGAGCAAACAGUAGAGCUGCUCUGCCUACCUACAGAUAUCAGAACAAACCGAUAACAAUGCAUGGCCUGUAAACCGCCAAUCAUGGCUCAUAGGAAGAGGCCAGGGACCAGUGGAGGAAACAAUAUGGCUGCUCCAGUCCCCGCCUCCUGUCCCGCCCCUCAUCCUACGGAGUCAUGUGAUCUGAAAGCCCUCCGCCCUCGACAACGCCCAGUCCGCUACCCCAAACAGUCACAUGAUCCAAAGCUCCUUCCCCGUUCCUGUAAGGCACAAUAUUCUUCCCCCAAGUGUCAAGAUGUGGGUCACAACCAUCCAGAAGUGGAUGUAGAUGCAGAGGUUGAAGUGAAGCGAUACACCAACCAAGCAGAUGCAGAACUGGAGGACCAGCGGCCUGCAACACCCUCCACGCCAGAACAUGACUGUAACCAAGAUGACCAUGACCAGGCAGACUUCCACGGUGGAGCCGACAGCCUGGAUGACGACUCCAGCUCCGACUACAUUAACAACACCUCAGAGGAUGAGGAGGACUAUGAUGACGGACUGGCAGAGGAGGACGAGGGUGUGACUUACUACAUCCGGUACUGCCCAGAGGACGACAGCUACCUGGAAGGUAUGGACUGCAGUAGCCAGGGAGACUGUAACCACAGCCACAGCCGCAGCCAAGCGGACUGCGCCGUCAUCAUGCAGCCGGGUGAAGCCCACACUGAUGAAUGCCAGGAGGCUGUGGAAGGUUGGGCCGAGGAGGGAGAGGGGGAGGGGGAGGGUGAGGUGAGAGAGGAAGAAUGGGUGGAGGACGAGGAGGGAGAAGGCGCAGUGAGGGAAGAGUGGAGAGAAGAAGAGGAGGAGGUGAGAGAAGAGUGGAGAGAGGGAGAUGAGGAGGGGAGGGAGGAGUGGACAGAGGAGGGCCAAGACAGGCAGGAGCAGUGGGCGGGGCGAGAGAGGCACAUGGUGGAGGAGUGGGGUGAGGGAGAAGGGGAGGUUCGCUGUGAGGUGGUGGAGCAAGAUCCGGACGAACAAAUAUACAAUGGACGACCAGAACCCAUCCUGGACCAUCACCACCACCAUCAUCACCACCACCAACCCUCCCUGCAAGACACCCUGCACACUCGACAGGCUGACAGGGAGGAAGAGGAGGAGGCAGAGAGCGAGGAGUACUGCCCUAAUGAGGAAGAAGAUGAGGAAGGUGACGAGGAGGAGAGACAUGGACGGGCCUACACCGGAGACUACUAUGCACCAGAGGACAAUGGGAACUCAGUGCGAGUCUCUCCGUUCCGCGGCCGCAAGGUGCUGGUGGUGGAGGGGGAGACGGGGGAGGAGGCGGAGGAGGACAUUGACCAAAUUGUUGCUGAGAUCAAGAUGAGUAUGAGCAUGGGGAGUCUAAGCAGCGGCACUGACCAAAGCCCAGAGGAACUGGCACAGGACCCUCCAGGCGACUACCCUCACACCAAGCCUGACGCAGCCCCCUACCCCCCAGCUCACCACCGUCACGACAGCAGGCCCAAGUCCCUCAACCUGCCCUCCAUGCACCACAACAACCCUGACCUUCAGAGGGGCAUCAAGGCACAUCCACGCUCCCCUGAAGACAGACAGAGAUGGCAACAGGAGCAGGUGAGCAAUGGUGCAGAGCAACCCAGAAAACAGCAGCGCUCCGACCUCAAUGUCCCCCUGGAGAACAACAAUGUACCAGAGCCAACAAAGAAGGUUGCAUCGUUCCCCAGCUUUGUCGAUGUCCCAGGACCCUGCGAGCCAGAAGACCUGAUUGAUGGAAUUAUCUUUGCUGCUAACUACCUGGGCUCCACUCAGCUGCUGUCUGAGAGGAACCCCUCCAAGAACAUACGCAUGAUGCAGGCCCAGGAGGCUGUCAGCAGGGUCAAGAGGGUACAGAAGGCUGCCAAAAUCAAGAAAAAGGCGAGCGCAGAUGGAGAUGCUCAAACCCUCACCGAGGUUGAUCUGUUCAUCUCCACCCAGAGGAUCAAAGUCCUCAACGCAGACUCACAGGAAACGAUGAUGGACAACGCGCUCCGUACCAUAUCCUACAUCGCUGACAUUGGGAACAUUGUCGUCCUGAUGGCAAGACGCCGGAUGCCGCGCACGGCCUCCCAGGACUGCAUCGAAACUACGCCCGGGGCACCUGAGGCGAAGAAGCAGUACAAGAUGAUAUGCCAUGUCUUUGAGUCUGAGGAUGCCCAGCUUAUCGCUCAGUCCAUUGGCCAGGCAUUCAGUGUGGCUUACCAGGAGUUCCUGAGAGCCAAUGGCAUUAACCCAGAGGACCUGAGCCAAAAGGAGUACAGUGACAUCAUCAACACCCAGGAGAUGUACAACGAUGACCUCAUUCACUUCUCCAACUCUGAAAACUGCAAAGAGCUGCAGCUGGAGAAGAGUAAAGGGGAGAUCCUGGGUGUGGUGAUUGUGGAGUCUGGCUGGGGCUCCAUCCUGCCCACAGUUAUCUUAGCCAACAUGAUGAAUGGCGGGCCAGCGGCACGCUCUGGCAAGCUCAGCAUCGGAGACCAGAUCAUGUCCAUCAACAACACCAGCCUAGUGGGGCUGCCGCUCGCCACCUGUCAGGGAAUCAUCAAGGGCUUAAAGAAUCAGGUCCAGGUGAAAAUGAACAUAGUAAGCUGCCCUCCUGUUACCACAGUCCUCAUCAAGAGACCUGAUCUUAAAUAUCAGCUGGGCUUCAGUGUACAGAACGGCAUUAUAUGCAGUCUGAUGCGAGGAGGCAUCGCUGAGCGAGGAGGAGUUCGUGUGGGCCACAGGAUCAUAGAGAUCAACGGGCAGAGUGUGGUAGCCACAGCACAUGAGAAGAUUGUUCAGGCUCUGUCGAACUCUGUUGGCGAGAUUCACAUGAAGACCAUGCCGGCAGCCAUGUUCAGACUUCUAACAGGACAGGAGACUCCUAUGUACAUAUAAACGAUGGCAGGGAUCGUUCCACAGGACAGGCUGUCAACGGUGAUUGGUCAUCUUUCGGGGCAAACCAAGCUGACCAGUGACCAGGGGAGGGAGUGCUUCUCCCUGAUGAUUCAUUUAACGUUUUGGUUUUUUUUUCUUUGAGCUGAUGACUUCCAUUCUUCAUCAUCUCUUCAUCGUCCGUGCUUAACAUGCAAUGGCCAUUCUAUUGACAUAAGAUGCUUUUCCCAUCUGACCAGCUGAGGAGACGGAAUGUGUUUGGAUACUGUUUGUUAUUUAUUUGUCCUGUUUGUGCUUUUCUGUGUCACUUCAGUAACAUCGUAUGGAUGGACUUAUCGAGUGAAUGCAUCACAAUUUAUUUUUUUAUAUCCAUGUAAUGCAAUAUGAAUCUUCUACUAUACUCUUGUAUAGUUUCAUUUUCUUCUCUGUUUAUUUAUUUCUCAUGUAAAUACAUAUUUUGCUAAUAUUGUGACCGAAGGUGACGGGGGAGGGAGCAGCCACAGCUGCGUUGUAAAUAUUUAUCGAAUCAUGCUGUUGAAUUGAAUGCAAACCAUGAUGAUGGCAAAGACACAAUUAAAUGCCGGAUAUCACAGAAGUUGCCAGCAAAAAAGGGGAAUGAGUUUAGUGUUUAAAAUGUUGGUUUUAAAUAUGCUAAGUUGAUAUAAUGUACAUGUGAAUCAAACCAAUGCCUGCAGCAGGGGUUUAUGGGAGAAACGCCAUAUCCUUUUGAUUUACGUCAUUUUACGGCAAUACACAAGUUCAACCUCUGAAUGGCAAAGACGUCUUUUCUAAAAAUCUCAUGUACAAACACUCACACCUUUAAACAACAAGCAACUCAAUAAAACUAUUAACAUGCAUCAGUUAUGCUUUUGAUAUCAAAGCCACACGUGUGAAAAAUGAAGUUUCUUUUGCGUGCUACUCUACUGAAUGUUCAUCUUUAGUGUUCCUGACUGAAACUCAUGCAUACUACGAGUGGAUUGUGAAUGUAACUGUGUUGUGCGAGCUGUUCCAUUGCCAUAAGCAGUAUUAGAAUGUCUGUACAUAAAGAGAAACUCGUCUAGUAUUGUGCUCAUGUAAAAAAAAAAAAAAAAAAAGACAAAAAAACAUACACACACACACACACAGGUUUAGUCACUGCAAACAUCUUCCCACCUGUAUGUUGGCUUUCAGUCUCAAGAGGGAAAGAGAGAACUGUGAAUCACUCACUGUGACAGAAAAAGCCUUACUGUUGAGUAAUGGUUUUACAAUGCAUUGUAGUAAAAUUUUAACCAUAUGAACAUUAUCUGUGUGCAUGCCUCGUAAAGUAGUAUCAUGUCAUUGUGGCAAGAUAAUAAAAUCUGAGCUAAACCUGG